ACUGGUGGACGCCUGGGACGGUCCCAUGCCUCGGUGUUGUGAAUACGCGUCGAGCAUGAGAGUGAAGCUCUCCUUGGUGCACCCUUCUUCCUUUGGCUGCGUUCUGUCGCGGGCUUGCUGCUCGUGCUGCAGACCUGCUCUUGGCUUUCACUCCUCUCUGCGGGUCAGGAACAGGAAAAUACCCUCACUUCCCACAGCGCGCCAGCGUCCGCCGGGAGCCCUUCCGUACCACACCGCGCCAUCCCGUCCCGCCGCGCCUCCCGUGCCUCCCGCUGGAAUCUCCCAGUGGAUGCUGCCGGCUGCCCUGCUGCCCUGCUCGGGAGGUGCAGCGCCUCCACCUCCGGCCCAGGAGACAGCACGUACCGCGGAUCCCGCGCUGCUGCCCGGCGCCUGGCCCGGAGCCCUGAACGCCGGCCAAGCCCCAGCGGACAGCAACAGGCUGGAGAGGGAGCCCGAUCUCCCCAUAAAUCUGGCCGCAGCCCCGCAGCCGGCCGAUGAGACUACAGGUUCCCCCCAUUUAUGACGGGACGCAUCCUGACAAACUUACGGAGUCCUGGACUCGUUGCAGGUGGAAAAUGUGUCAUAGCCGGGCAAGGUGGCACUCAGGAGGCUGAGGCAGGAGGAUCCCUGUGAGUUCAAGGCCAGC